AUGACCGUCUUUAUCGCGUCACUCUUUUUGCCCUACACGGUAAACUUCCAUGAUGCGAAGUCCCGCGACAGUGUUGCUGCUGCAGACCCUCCUUCGGCCGCCAAUCCUGUGAUUCCUGUCAACGAUCCAGUAACACCACCCGUCACGACCAGCCUAUUCGAGAAGAAAACCCCCACCAUACAACCUGGUCUCACCCCAGGUGCGACGACAGACCAUGAGCGCAUCUUUGCCAAUGAUUUAGCAAAGGCUGAGGAGCAACACUCAGGAUACCCAUUUCCACCAGCAUCCACUCCACCAACGGGUAACCAGAUCUUCACGGAGAGUGAAGCGCAUUCUCCGGCCUGGGGAUCGACUACCUCUCUCACUCAGCCAAAGCGGAAGACCAUUGUAUCCCCCUCUCCGUCCAUCUUGAAACACCAGGACCCUGUGCCGGUCAAGGAAUCCAAAGCCAAACCUCCCCUCCCAAAUAUCCCGGAAACCGCGACGGUAGCUCCAUACCCUGGGGUCCGGAAGAAUGGAUCUAUUAGUCGAAAGAUGUCCUUUUCUAAAGCAGAAUGGACUAUUCAGACCGCGGAGCAAGGCAAUGGUGGCUUGCGCAAUGCCGUCCGUUCUGCCAAAGAUUCAGGAUACCUGGGUGAGAUGAUGUGGGUAGGCACAUUGGGGAUGCCCACUGAUUCCCUGGCAAAGCAUACUCGCAAUGAUAUUGCAGAGAAGUUGGAAGACGAAUAUAACUCGUUGACUGUGUUUGUACAUGACGGCGACUUUGAUGGUCAUUAUACCCACUUCUGCAAGACCAUCCUCUGGCCUGUUUUUCAUUAUCAGAUCCCUGAUAACCCGAAGAGCAAAGCCUACGAAGAUCAUUCCUGGAUUUAUUAUGUGAAACUCAACCAAGAAUUCGCCAACCGUAUCGCCAAGCACUGGAAACGGGGUGAUUCGAUUUGGGUCCAGGACUACCACCUGUUACUUGUCCCAGCUAUGUUGCGCAAGUUGCUUCCUGACGCUCAAAUUGGGUUCUUUUUGCACAUUGCAUUCCCGUCUUCUGAGGUGUUCAAGUGCUUGGCCCCGCGUAAGGAGCUGCUGGAAGGUAUUCUUGGUGCCAACCUGAUCGGUUUCCAAACCACAGAGUACUGUCGGCACUUCUUGCAGACAUGCAGUCGCAUUCUCUGCGUGGAGGCAACUAAUGAAGGAAUUCAGAUGGAGGACCGCUUCAUCAACGUGGGUACAUUCCCAAUUGGUAUUGAUCCUACUUCUUGGGAUAAGCGACGUCAUACAGCAGAUGUGGAACAAUGGGUCGAUAUCAUUUCUGAACGAUACCAAGGCCAACGACUGAUUGUGGCCCGCGAUAAAAUUGACUCUGUGCGGGGUAUUCGUCAAAAGCUGCUGAGUUACGAAUUGUUUCUCAACACCUACCCAGAAUGGGCAGAUAAGGUGGUCUUGAUUCAGGUCGCGACAAGUACUACGGAGCAGCCCGAGCUGGAGGCUACCGUAUCUGAUAUUGCCAUGCGAAUAAACUCAACUCACUCGACACUGGCUCACCAGCCCCUUGUUUUCCUGAAACAAGACCUUGCAUUCUCGCAGUACCUCGCCCUUAUUACAGUGGCGGAUGCUUUGAUGAUCACAAGUCUCCGCGAGGGCAUGAACCUAACCAGUCAUGAAUUCGUGUACUGCCAGGAUGGUAGCUACAGUGACAAGAAAUAUGGGUCUCUCAUUCUCAGCGAGUUCACUGGCAGUGCGUCUGUGUUCGGAAAUCACGCGCUCCUCGUGAACCCUUGGGACUACCGGCAAUGUUCAGAAGCCAUUCACACAGCGCUCACACGAAGCGAGGAAAAACGCAAAGAGGUGUGGGACGAGCUCCACCGCGCAGUCCUGCACAACUCUACUGCAAACUGGGUCAAGUCUUUCAAUGAGUCUCUGAAACACGUCUGGAAUGAGCAAUCGUCGCGAGAGAUCAUGGCCGUUCCUCGACUCUCUGUGCCCCGACUUAUCGAGCGAUACCGACAGACCAAGCGCCGGCUCAUGAUUAUCGACUACGAGGGUACUCUUGCCUCAUGGGGAUCCCCACAGAGCAUCAUUCUUACCACCCCUCAGCGUGCCAUUACAACACUGACUGAACUUGCUGAUGAUCCUGCCAAUGUGGUAUACGUCAUGAGCUCACGUAUGCCCGAGGAGAUGGAGCGGCUGUUCCGCCAAGUCAAUAAUUUAGGACUCAUUGCCGAAAAUGGAUGCUUCGUCCGUGAUCCUCAGUCCGAUGAGUGGACUCGUCUCGCAAAGCAGACACACAUUCAAAGCUGGAAGAAGUCAGUGUCAAAUAUUUUGAAAUAUUUCAAGGACCGGACUGAGGGUAGCUGGAUCGAGGAACGUCAUUGUUCGCUUGUGUUCCACUAUGGGUCUGCCGAGGACCGUCCUGGCGCCGGACGUCUUGCUGCCGAAUGUGCAGACCAUAUCAAUGAUGCAUGCGCUAGUUACGGCGUACAUGCCGUUCCUGUUGAGGGCGCUCUCAUCGUGGAACUCGCAAGCACAAGUAAAGCGUCAGCUGCAGAGCAGGUCUGGCGGUGGUGCUUGGAGUCCUCUGAUAAGUCAGAGGAGGUUCCGAAACCCGAUUUCCUAUUGGUCAUUGGUGACAACCGUGAAGAUGAGCCCGUGUUCCGCUGGGCCAACAAAUUGCAAAAGGCUAAUGGCGUCGAUUACGCCAUGACGGUCACGUUAGGAUCGCGAAGCACUGAGGCCCAAGCGACAUUGACGCAGGGAGUGACAGGUGUGUUGUCUUGCUUGCAACAACUGAGUUCUCCGGUCAAGCCCGAAGCCCAGUAG